AUGGCAGCACCUUCAGAAACGUCCGGGGGUUCAAACGAGACGCCACGAAACGAGCCCCCCAAGAACGAAGACGGUCCAGCCAAGAAAGAGAAGCAGGCCUCAAUCGAGCUGACUGUGAAGGGGCAAGAUGGUACGGAGGUAGUAUUCAAGGUGGGAGGGUGCAGUAUUCGAGGGAGUCUGGAGUACAAACGUGACUUUUCAAAGCUGGUGACCGCGUUCAAAAGCUACGCCAGUUUCCUUGGAAAGGGCGGCAGAGUUGCAGUUCUAACUGAAGGCCAGAAGAUUUUCGACAGAAGGGCGCCCUUAUCAAGCAUGCUCCUACGAGGCGGCACUUCUGACCGGGAGCAGUCCUAG